AUCAGAACCGUAGUUCUGGAUGCCUGAAGUUUGCGGCUGUCUGAGAGGAAUCCUCUCCCAGACGCUUCAUCCCAGCAGCUGCUGACACCUUUUUAGUUUGGCUUCUUUGCUCAUCAAACCMACAACUCACUGACCAUCAGAUKCCUUAUUGUUCGUAAGAACUGUUCUAAUAAGAUGUUGUGUCUGGGCAGAGAAAGUUAACUUAAUCAAUCUAGUUCAGUCAGUCAGGUUUAUUUGUAUAGCAGCACAUUUCAGCAACAAGGCAUUUCAAAGKGCUUUGCAUCAAAAUAACACAAAAAUACAAAGUCAUAGAACACGCAGACAGUAACUACAUUUUGUCAUGUUAUACAUUUGUAAUUUAGAGACAGAAGUUGUGCCUGAGACUUUAGACAACCUUUUUUUCUUUUUCUUUUUUUAGGAUUAACAUCUUCAGAUGAAGAGGAUGACAUCAGGGGUAACGGGCUUUCUUUAUCUGCUUAAAGGGGCAGUAUGUUAUAAAAUCAACUUUUUUGAGCUUUAAGACAUGAUGUUGUUUGAAAUCCAGUUUCAAAAUGUUAUAUCUUUUUUUCUUGGGAAUUUACUUUAAAUUAUCUGUAUAAAGUCGUCAAGCUGCCCAUCCAGUCAGAAGCACCAGAGAAACUCCCCACCAUUCAGGACACUAACAGAUUAAAUAACAUUUCGUCUGAAGAUGAAGCCACGUCCAUUCGAGGGGAGGUUGCAGACGGUUCUCAGGACAUCGACAUGUCAACGUUUCAUAAAUAGAUUUACAUUUUUCCUUGAUCCACCUGUCCAACUUCACAAAGUCGCUCCACUACGGCAAGCUGCAGAGGGAUGGGUCAAUUUAUGACGACCAAUCCAAAUAAUUUAGACUGAAUUAUAAAAAAAUUAGUAAUUUAAUGCUGCUGUAAUGUAAUCAGAGGCUAAUUCAUGUGUUUCAGGCUCUUUAAAUCAAACUUUGGCUUACCUUAUGAAAGCCUUCUCGCAAUCUGCAGGAUCUCUCCACAGGGACGUUUCCAACUUAAAUGGCUUUGUAGAGCGAUCUAAUGGACCUCGAGGAUGGGAAACGUUGAUGUCCAGCCCUCGAUAUGCAAACACAGCGCCUCGGCGCAGUGACCCGUCAUCUCCCAGAUCUCGACAUGGCUGUGUCAAAGAUGAAAUUCUUGAUGGCUAUAACUACAGAUCCAGCAGUGGAUCCAGAUCCAGGCACCGCAAUGAGGCGUCAAGGUCAAGAUCCAGGCACGAUGAUGCAGCAUCUGGGCACCAUAAAUACUCCUCCAGGUCCAGGCACAGUGAUAAAACAUCAAGGUCGAGAUCCAGGCACCGCGAUGGACCUUCAAGGUCGAGAUCCAGGCACCGCGAUGGACCUUCAAGGUCGAGAUCCAGGCAUCGCGAUGGGCCUUCAAGGUCGAGAUCCAGGCAUUGCGAUGGGCCUUCAAGGUCGAGAUCCAGGCACCGCAAUGGGCCUUCAAGGUCGAGAUCCAGGCACCGCAAUGGGCCUUCAAGGUCCAGAUCCAGGCACCGCAAUGGGCCUUCAAGGUCCAGAUCCAGGCACCACGAUGGGCCUUCAAGGUCCAGAUCCAGGCACCGCAAUGAGGCCUACAGAUCAGAAAAUAGAGGUUGGACCUUCCCAUUGCCUCAGGACGGUAAGUAUUGAUUAAUUUGCACCAAAACACUUUUUUUUCCCUUCUCUGACAUGUUAAAUUUGUGCAAAAUUCACUUUCUUGAGCGUUACUUUAUAUUCUAAUGUUAUUCCAUCAUCAAAAACAUACCUGGAGUGUUGCUUUGAUUCUUUCACUGAUGUUUGAGGAAUCUUUAAAUCUACUGAGGCAGACAUUUGGGGGUGCCUACAUACUUGCUCAAACUGUGUGAUACUGAGAAAUCCUCCAGACUAGUGGCAGCAGG